UAAAUAAUGUUUUUAAAAUCAAUAAUGUGGGCCCUGAACCCUUUGCUUUCCAAUUGCAUUUAAUUGUGGAUGCCACGAAGAUGAAGUUUUACCUGCUCUUUUUUACCCUAUUUAUCUGGAUUCAAGAGAAGCAUGUCUUCACUCUUCCAAGGGAUGAAGUUUUGUGGGCUCUCCCACAAACAGAUGAACAAGUUGAAGACCUUCAGAAUUUACUGAACACGACUGAGGUCAUUCUCUGGCAACCUGUUGUGGCUGAAAACAUUAAGAAGGACAGAGAAGUCCAUUUCUAUGUCAGAGCAUCCAAAAUAAAUAGCACAAAAGCCCAGUUAAGGCAACUGGCCAUCCAACACAAAGUCUUGAUAGGAGAUGUUCAAGGAUUUAUUGAAAAACAGACUGUCAAUGACACAGUCAACCCACGCAGAUCUUCUUCUUAUUAUGAAAACUACCAUUCAAUGAAAGAAAUAUACCGUUGGAUGGAAGAAGUAGUCAAAGUCCACUCUGAUCUCCUACAGAAAAUAUAUAUUGGAUCAUCAUAUGAAAAGAGACCGCUUUAUGUCCUGAAGAUUUCUAAAAGCCAGGAAAAAUCCAAAAGUGCCAUAUGGAUUGACUGUGGUAUCCAUGCUAGAGAAUGGAUUUCUCCUGCUUUUUGCCUGUGGUUCAUAGGCCAUGCAAUCCAUGUGCGUGAGAGAGACCCAACCAUGACAAUGCUUCUGGAGCACUUUGAUUUCUACGUCAUGCCUGUGAUAAACGUGGAUGGCUACGAGUACACAUGGAGCCAUCCCUCUAAUCGCCUCUGGAGAAAAAGCCGCUCAAAGCAUGGUAACAGCAAGUGCAUUGGUACUGACAUGAACCGGAAUUUUGAUGCGCACUGGUGUGGUCAAGGAGCGUCUUCCUAUGAAUGUCAGGAGACAUACUGUGGACCCUACCCAGAGUCUGAGCCUGAAGUGAAAGCAGUGGCUCGCUUUGUCAGAGACCACAAAAACACCAUUAAAGCCUAUAUAACCAUGCAUUCUUACUCCCAGUUGGUAUUGUUUCCAUAUUCUUACACUACGAACAGAAGCAAAGACCAUGACGAGCUGGACACUCUGGCAAAGAAAGCAGCUAAAGCUAUAAGGAGGACAACAAAGGAAACUUAUAGACCUGGUCCUGGGGCACAGACAAUCUAUUUAGCUCCUGGAGGGUCCGACGACUGGGCUUAUGAUCUUGGGAUUAAAUAUUCUUUUACCUUUGAGCUACGAGACACGGGAACUUAUGGAUUUUUGCUUCCUUCUCGAGAAAUUAAGCCAACUUGCUUAGAAGCACUUUCUGCUGUGAAAGAGAUAGCCAAACAUGUUCUCCAAAAUUUGUGACGCUGAAUAUAAUUUAUUCCAGCAUUACUGCACUUAGUUAUAAAAGUAAUAAAAAAGCUUGCUGCUUUAUUAUUUCCACAUAGGCAGAAAAAAAAAAAAAGAAUGACUGCACCUCCUAUAUUUUAGGAUACAUCAGUCAUUUUCAACCAUACC